GGGAACCAGGAUGAGACAGGCUGUGGCCUCAGAGCCUGUCCUCGGGUUCUUGGGCGGGGGACCUCAGAAACCCAGGCAGCUGUGGAGGUCAGGAAAGAAGCCCUUCUGGGGACUGAUGCCCUUGGCCAUGACGCACCCCCAACUGCUGUCUGCUCAGGCUCGGCCUGUGUGACUGAGUCAUUGCUGCCCCAGCUGUUUCACAGUUGGAUGGGGCAUCGGGCGGAUGACAGCGGGAACGGUUGUGAUCACGGGCGGAAUCCUGGCUGCGGUCAUCCUCCUCUGCAUCAUCGCUGUCCUGUGCUACUGUAGGCUCCAGUAUUACUGCUGCAAGAAGAGCAGAGAGGAGGAUGCAGAUGCGGAGGAGGAGGACCACGACCGGCCCACCUCCCCCGGGGCGCCCCCCUGCAAUGCCUGCAGCUCCCAAGCCCUGGACGGCAGAGGCAGCCUGGCGCCUCUCCCCAGCGAGCCCUGCGGCCAGCCGUGCGGGGUGGCAGCCCGCCACUGCGCCACCUGCUCCCCGUACAGCUCCCCCUUUUACAUACGGACAGCGGACAUGGUGCCCAAUGGGGGUGGAAGCGAGAGGCUGUCCUUCGCUCCCAUGUACUACAAGGAGGGGGGUCCCUCGUCCCUCCAACUGGCAGCACCCCAGAGUUACCCGGUGACAUGGCCGGGCUCUGGGCGUGAGGCCUUCACCAAUCCAAGGGCUAUUAGUACAGACGUGUGACCCUCUUCCCCUGACCCCCCACACCCACCAACGCUGACACCCCAGCCGGAGGCCUGGGGCCAGCGGCCCACCCCUCCGGCACGCCACAAGGACUGUCUCUGUUCCCUUGGCUUUCCUUGCCCUGCACGGGAAGGCUCACCAGGACUGAAGCCAUCGAGUGCAUUGAGAGCCAGGGCAGGGCCUGGUCCCCUGGCCCAGAGGCGGGCCUGACAGGUUUCUCUGUUGGGACGUUCCUCCGGCCAGCUCCAGCACCCCCGGCCUCCCGUGCUUCCCUCACGGCCCCGGCUUCUCCAGACGGCGAGAAGAGGGGAGGCUCUGCAGAGGUCUGGAGGCCCCCAGAGUCCUUAGGGGGUGAGAGGGGCCAGGUGACCACUAGCACACCGCAGAAUUUGAGAAGGGAGAGGAGAGUGUUGAAGGGACCUCUCCAGGACUUGCGCGCUAACGUGAACCCAAAAGCCCGUUCACAAUCUCGUUUUGUAUAUUUUGGUUGUCAUAGAGACCGCAGAGCCCAAAGCUGCUCAAACCAGAUGUAGAUUCCUGAGCCCAUCCCAGCUCUGCCCCUUCCUUGGUGGCGUGCGCUGGGUUGGCUUUAAAAGCAUGAGGCGAUUGCGCGGAAUGCACCAAAAAGUGACUGUCUGGCCCUGUCUCCCCCCAGAUCCUUGCUUUGCUAUGGGAACCAGCUGCCCAGCUGAGAACCUUUAUCAAGUUAUGUUGCCAGGGUUCAAGUAGCUUCACGAGUGAGGUCCCGCUGAUGGCCUCCAGGGCCAAGGUCCCCCACACCGAGUGACAUGCAUGGCUGCAAUCCUGCGAGGGUGUGUGCGUUCUCAGGUGUGUGCACACACACCGGUCACCACCCGAACACGGGCUUUGUUGCCUUCGGGAACUGCAGAGAGGGAGUCUCGAAUGUAGCAACUAGAAACCCACCACCCCCAGCCACCAGGAGCAAAAGGUGAUUGAGGGGACCGACCCCCCACAGCACUCAGGUGGCUGGUACAGGAUGGUGCUGCCAUGUCAGCCCCUGUGGGCUGUGACACAGGAGAGCCAGACCAGCCCUCCCACCAGGGACAGCUGCCCUCACUCCUGAGGACAAGAGGGAUCUGACUUAGCAAUUGGAUUCGGCUUGCCGCCCUCUCUCAACUCUCAACGGGCCCCCGCCCCGCCCCCCUCCCUCUCCCAGCAAGGGCCUGCUCAUCGCUGUCCCUUCCUAGCCCCAAGUCCAGCUCCUUCUUCCACUGAUAUCUCAGCCACAGCUUUCUGCCUUUUGAGUGAAUGCGCCCGAUGAGUUUCCAGUUGCCUCUGCAGUAAGGGGUGGCAGCACCCCCUCUUAAGGCAUAACUAACCCCCACCCACUCCUGAGUCACUGAACGCUGCAGAGGGCAGGGCGGGUUAGCAGCUGGCCCCUCUGCUGAAAUCUCCGCUUUGCGCCUGAGAAAGCGCAGGGCGCAGUGGGGCAGGGGAAGGGAAUCCGCCAGGCCUCUGCGCCACCCUGCCGCUCCGUCUGUAGUGAAGGCGUGCCGGGUUGAGACUCAAAGGACCGCGGUCUGGUCACUCUUGGGUCAUCAGCUCUCGGACCAAUCUUAUCUUUUCUGAGACCCCGUUUUCUCCAGGGAGCUGAGACCGGGCCCGAUGGACUCCGACGGCCGGAGAGUGCGCCGGGAAGCCAGGGCUAACUGGACCGGUCUGCCGGGUCCGGCCGACUGCCCAACCCUGGGUGCAGGCAUGCGUGCUGGGGACGGAGGACCACACACACAGGAUUAGCAGGCAAAAACCCCAUUCUAACUGUCCGUGAAAAGCACACGUUUGUCUGACUCUCCUGUGAGUGGCCUCAAAGGGUAGCAUUUCUCUUAUCCCGGGAGGCAGCCCCAGGUGGGGGUGAUGAGACCCAUCCCCGAGUCCAGAGGGACCAGCCAAGGACAGCAGCUGUACCGUGCCCCUGCCACCACCUGCCCCCUGGCUGGGCCGAGUGCGCCCCAGCAGCCCUCGCCGCUGCUUCCUGACCACCCACCCCGGUGCCUUGCUGCCCUGGAGUCCCACGGCCGGUCCCCUCCAGCAAGGGCUGUCCCUCCUCCCCCUAAAACCACAGUGUCACGGUACCUCCUGCCUUUGCAGAAACCAAGACAACCUGGCCAAGUCACCCGCUUCUCACCCCUGACCUCUUGGGGGUCCCCACGUGAAAAGCACUUUGUGUGGCCCGGUCUCCUUAGCUUUCCCAGCCUAGCACCCCGUCCACCCACACAUGAAAAUCUGUCUGGGGGCAGCCAAGAAGUGGUGGGCCCUGGCUCUCCCGCACACAGGCCCAUGUUGCUCAGGGCCUGGGCUGGAGAUCGCCCGUCCCCCUCCCUGGAGCCGCGAGGGCUGCACCUGUGCAAGAGCCAGCUCACCCCACUCACCCGCGCCGUGCUUUCCAGCCGUGGGACACUGGACACUUUGCGAAC